AUGUCAUUUAAAGAAUCAGAUUUUAAAAAAUUCAACCAUUUCAAUGUCAAGUCUAUUGGUGGUGAAGUGGGUGUGGUCCAUGUUGAAAUCAACAGACCUAAAGUGUUCAAUAGCAUGAGUGAAGAGACAUGGACUCAAUAUGGUGCAAUCAUCAACAAGUUAAACACACUCAAUGACGUUAAUGUCAUUGUGUUGAGUGGCACAGGAAAACAUUUUUGUGCUGGGAUCGAUUUGAAAGCCUCAGCCAAUUCUUUUCAACAAUAUAGUCAAAAGGGUGGUGAAUCAAAAGGACUCCAACACGUUAGUGAUUUCCAAAAUGAUAUCAAAUCUGGGGUUGAUGGUAGAAUCCCAAUCAUUUGUGUUAUACACGGUGUUUGUUAUGGAUUAGGACUUGAUUUGAUCUCUGCAACCUCGAUUAGAUUUGCCUCUAAAGAUUCAAGACUCUCAAUUAAAGAGAUUGACAUCGGAAUCAUGGCAGAUAUUGGUUCUUUAGAAAGAUUACCAUUCUUGGUGAACAAUAUUUCUAAAUUGAACCAAUAUGCACUAACUGCACAAGAAUUUAAUGGUCAAGAUGCUAAAGAUUUAGGAUUAGUUAGUGAUGUUUUUGCUAAUAAAGAGGAAGCUUUCGAAAACGCAGUUAGAUUAGCCAAAACUAUUGCAACUAAAUACCCACCAGCAGUACAUGGGACUAAGAAAAACUUGGAUUUAGUCACAAUUAAUAGUGAAUCUGUGAUUAAAGGUUUGGAUCAAGUUGCGCAUGAUAACGUUAAAUUGAUGACUGAUCCAGGUUUUGCUAAGUUCUUCAUCAAAUCACAACAAAAGAGGAAAUCAAAGAUGUGA